AUGCCAUUGGAUAUGAACAGAUUUCAUUCAUUCAAUGCUUUUGAUAGACCACAGUGUCAAUAUCGACUGAACACUCGAGUUUAUGCGAUUAAUAAAGGACGUUCGAUGACUCUUGCAGUACCGGAUUGUGCCGAGAUGGCGAGGCUGAGAAGUGCGAGGAAAAGACGCAAAAGUAUUGCCGGUUUUGGAGCGAUAAGGACAGGCAGCCCAUUGAUGGGAAACGGUCGAACGGUCAGCCCGCCACCAAGAAGGACAUCGAUUGCAGAUGCGUUCUCGGAAAGUUUUCGAACGUUGGCACUCACCGCGAGACGAAAUUCAUCGCCGCUUACAAGGAAAAGCACAAAAAAGAUGAAAAAAUCGCGGUUGAUCUCGAAAAAUGGUGUUUGCAAUGUUUAUAAUGCAAAUGUUCCGAAAAAGGAUCGACAAUAUUUGCGAGACAUCUUCACUACAAUGAUUGAUGUGAAAUGGAGAUACAUGUUCGUCAUUUUCGCGCUCGUUUUCAUCAGCAGUUGGACUUUCUUUGCAACUCUCUAUUAUUCGAUCGCUUGGCUUCACGGGGAUAUGCCAGAGCAACUAAUGGAAAAUGGAUUGAAUGUAAACCAUACACAAUGUAUAGCAAAUUUGGAAGGAUAUUAUGCAUCGUUUCUUUUUGCUGUUGAGACACAUCACACAAUUGGAUAUGGACAUCGAUAUACAACAACUGAGUGUAAGAUUGCGGGUCUUGUUGUUUGUACUCAAUGCAUUUGUGCUCUUCUCAUUCAAUCAUUUAUGGUUGGACUCGUUUUCGCGAAAAUGGCUCGACCAAAGAAAAGAGCUGAAACGAUUAUUUAUAGUGAAAAGGCGGUGAUUUGUCUUCGUGAUGGGCAAUUGUGUUUCUUGUGUCGAGUCGGUGAUAUGAGGAAUACACAUUUGGUGGAAGCACACGUUAGACUGCAAUUUAUCACCGAUCGAGAAACGAGUGAAGGAGAGAUAGAACCGCUGCAUCAGUUUGAGAUGAAAGUCGGCCCGAGUAUCACUGAUGAUGAUCGCAUAUUCUUGGUUUGGCCGACCACCUUGUGUCAUGUAAUCGAUAAAGAAAGUCCUUUAUAUGAAUAUGCCGCUCAUUCACUUCAUUCUGCUCAAUUCGAAAUUAUUGUUUUGUUAGAAGGUAUCGUUGAAUCAACAGGAAUGACAGCACAAGCAAGGACGAGUUAUCUUCCAUCAGAAAUACUUUGGGGACAUCGCUUCCGAAAACUCGUCACCUAUCAACGAAGCAAUGGCUCUUAUCAAAUUGACUACAAUCUUUUCAACUGUACUUAUCCGGUGAAAACACCGACUUGUUCAGCAGCUGAAUACUACAAGUGCAGUAAAGAUACGAGCGAUUAUUUCUGUCAUGACAAUCAAGAGCAUCGUUUGGAUGAAGUGAGAAGCAUGGAGAGUACACCGACCCCAUCUGUGCUCACGAGUUAUCCAAAUUCACCGCUUCCCGUUGCGCAUCUCAAUGAGAAUAAGCCACCAAUAAACGUCUCGGAGAAUUCACUCCUUUCUUCAAUUCCUCCUCCAUCAAUCGUCGUUCAAUGUCCCUCAAAUUGCACAUCACCCAAUCAUGCUGAUCAGAAGAAGAAAUUCGCAAACAAUCGACCGAAUAAUAUUUUCAACUUUUACACAAGAGACACCUCAUGUGCUGUGAGUAUUGGUGAACUUUCUGGUUCAACUCGUCCUUCAACAGCUUUGUCGGAUCUUGAAGAGGAAAGGGAUCCUGUAUCUCCACCGCCGGGCAAAACUCUCCUCAACAAGACGGGCUACCAAGAAGAAAUCCAAUGUAUCGAUGAUGAGGAUGCCGUGAUA